GAAUGGCCCGGUGACCGGCGGGAAGAGUGGAAUUUGAAAGCUCUCUCAAACGGCUAUUUCCUAAGAAACUUUUGAACCAGCAGAAGCGCGUUUGAAAAUUUGAAAAUAUAUUCGAUUAAAUAAGAGGUGGGUUCCAUCCCAAUGCAGCAAUACGAUUGAUCAAAUUUGAUGGCGUGUUUGACUCCAGGGAUUCUGCUGAAGCUUCUGCAGUGCAUGAACUCAGACGUGAAGGUUGCAGGAGAGCACCGAUCUGUGUUAUUGCAGGUUUUAAGCAUUGUGCCGGCUCUGAGCGGGAACGGAAACGAACUGUGGCCGAACAAGGGUUUUUUCGUGAAGCUCUCCGAUUCUUCCCACUCCACCUACGUCUGCCUCUCUGACGAGGACAACGAUCUCAUUUUUUCAGACAAGCUCCAGCUUGGCCAGUUUGUUUACGUUGAUCGAUUGCAGUCGGCGACCCCUGUGCCCCGCGUCUUGGGCGUCAGGCCUCUUCCUGGUAGGCACCCCUGCAUUGGAACUCCAGAGGAUCUUAUUGCCAGGGCUCUGCCUUCUCUGCCCAACGGCUUUGUCAUUCAGUCCGCUUCCAUGGACGGAACAGCACCGACAGGGCCUGCUUUUAGGUCUUCUGCAGACAACCAAGAUAAGCCUUUUAGGGUUUCCGAGGGAUUUGACAAGCUUGGAUUGAAGCAUCCUAACCCUAAUCCCAGGACGGUAUUGGGUCCUUCGGAGAAUUUGCCCGCUAAAGUGGAGGGGAGCAAGAUUGAGAAAAGGUCUGCCUCUGCAGGGAAAUCGGGGAAACACAAUGCUAGGGGGGUUAGAGAUGGGUCCCCUGCAACUAGGUCUAAUUCUAGGACUUCGUCCCCGGUUCCGUCCAAGUGUGUCGUAUCCAGCCUUGUGAGGGCUGCUACUCAGGAGGAGAAUAAGGCUCCUACUGCGAGGGAAGGCGCGUAUUUUGUUCCUUCUAGGUAUCGGCAACCUUCGCCCAACAUGGCGAGGAAAGCUCCUCAGCCGUCCCCCGGGAGGAGGGGAUUUCAGGGCUCUCCAAUUGGCAGGAGGGCUUCUUUGUCUCCUGGAAGAAGGGUGUCUCCAAAUGUCAGAGAACAUGGGCGGAAGAAGACUUUGGUCAGUGGUGCAAAGGCUGCUGAUGUGGCUGUGGCUGUGAAGACUUUGCCCAAGAGCUGGGAAGAUUCCAGUGUGGAAGUGAAAGACACAAAAGAAAGGGGUGGCCUCAAGAACAAAAUUGACCUUAAGGCUGCUUUGCGCACGCAGGUGGCCCUUUCUCGGAGGUUAAGUGACGCUAAAAGCAUGCCAUUAAAGCAAGAAGAUACAACCAUAAAGGAGACAAUUAGAAGCAGUUGUUCAUCACCAACUAAGCAUUUGUCAUCUUCAAUUGACAAACCACAAUGUAAUGUAACUUUUCAUGAUAAGAAAUGGACGGAUGGAACUGUUGCUUGGGACUCAGUUUCUUCCAACCUAGCGGAACUGGGACAGGAGGUUCUAAAAAGGCGGAACAUGGUUUCCAUAGUUGCAGCUGAAGCUCUGCAGGAGGCCUCUGCUGCUGAAGCUGUCAUCAGAGGGUUGAGUAUGUUCUCUGCGCUAUGUUCUUCUGCAAAUACGGGCAAUCCCCAUCCUUCAAUUGAUCGGUUCUUUGAGAUACAUCAGAUGCUUAUACAAUCAACAUCUGUUGCUGAAGCCCUUGCUGCAAGUGGUACUGCAGGCAAAGCUAGAGAUUCUCUAAGUUCAGAUGGAGUGACUGAUAAACCUCUUGAUAUUUCAACAGAGAAAGCGAAGAGUGCUGUUCAAUGGAUUGGUGCUGCAUUAGCAACUGAUUUGGCAUCAAUAUCCCUUUUCAGCAACCUUAAUUAUAGUUUUGAUAGCGUACCAAAUAAAGAAGCUUUAAGUGCAGAUGGUCAAAGCAAACAAGAGGACACCAAAAUUCAGGGCUCUAUGCAUGCAUCUUUGUCUUCCAGAAGAUCGCCUCUUGCAUCAUCUGAUAACAAUCUUCAGGGCAGGCUUGCAUCGUCAAAUGUACAUCAGACUAACAAUGAAAGAAGGCGUAGUGUAUCUGAGAGGGUUGACAUCAAAUCAGCUUCUCCUUUGAAUGCCAAUGCAAUGAAACACCAGACUCUUGGUAUAGCUGGAAAGACCAAUACUGUAAAAUCCCCAGAUAGAGUUCUAGAACCAUCUUUAAAGGGUACUGGCAUUGAAUGGGUCAAAGAGAACGGAGUGAAUGAAAUAAUGGACCUAGCAAAGUAUCUGCAAUUGGAAUUACAGAACUGGUUUUUGAAAUUUAUAGAGGAUGCACUAGAUGCUGGCUUUCAUGUAGUUGAAGAAAAUGAAUAUCAUAUAGUUGCCCCAACUUCUAAAAGUCCCUUGCAGCUAGAUAGCAGCCAAAUUGCAGCAAUGCUGUCUCAACUCAAAAAGGUUAAUGACUGGUUAGAUUGGAUUGCACAUAAGAAGGACGAUAUACCUGAUAUUAAGCUAGUAGAAAAGGUAGAUUGUUUGAAGAGGAAAAUAUAUGGUUUCCUGCUUCAGCAUGUUGAAUCUGCUGCUUCUGCUCUUGAUAACCAGGCCAGUUGUUCCUGAAGUGGGUUUCUGUGAUUGUAAUUUUCUCUUUGAUGUUUCCUGGCUUGAUUCUUGUCAAUGUUUACUUGCUUGGAAAUUCUUUCUGAUUAGAAUGGAAGAGGAUAAUGGCCCAAGGCGCUUGUUUCUUCUUGUUGCUUACUGGUCACUCCUUUUGAUCUCAAUUCUUGGCAAGCUGUGAUUAUCACAAGUUGAGAAUAAAUGUCUUUGAAUUGUUUUACAAGCUCUCGUUGUUCUAUUUUAAACUGCUCGCAAUUAAUGCGAAAAAUGAUCCAGGUGCCUGAACUCUGUCUAGGAUGUUCACGUCUGUAACUUUUGUAGCCAUAAUUGACACUUAUUUGGUAAACCUGUGUUCUUUAUUCAUGCUUCCUUUCCAGAAAAAUUGAACUGGCUGAAUUUUUUUCCUGUAAGUCUGAUUAUAUAAAAAGCCUAUUAAGUUUUA